CACGUGUUCCAGGCCUUUGUUGAUGUGAAUCAAACCUCGCGAGGACAAAAAAAGUCCAGGACCGAGCGCAUCCGUCCAUCCUCCCCGGCUCAGACUCACCCUCUUCGGCCUGGAUGCUGCUGGAGGCUCCAGACCUUCACCUGGAUCUGUGCGCCGCGCUGCGCUGGUUCUCCCUGCCGGUUUGAGAGUGAGGCAGCGGGGCUGGGGAUGGAGGCAGAGUCCGGGCAGUGAUCAGACGGUGGGGGUCGUUGUGUGAAGACCCAGGCCCUGCUGGGCUUUGUUGUCCCUUCGUGGCGGAGCCUCCUCCGGCUUCUUCAGCCUAUUUCUGCUCCGGAGAAGAAUCAUGGAGAAAAUCAGGGUCUGAGACUUUUUUAUUAUUUUUCUGCUUCUGUUUUUCUGCGGAGUUUCUGAACCAGGAUCCAUCGAAGGAGAACAUCUUUCUUAUCAGUGGUCUCUUCACCUCCAUUCAUCUGUCACCUCUCAGUCUCCACCUCCCCCUCCUCCGUCCAUCAUGGCUCCAGCUCUCUGCUCCUCCUGGUUCAUCUGCCUGCUGCUGCUUCUAGUUCUCCCCGGCGUCCGGAGCUCGUUCCCCCGCAGCGGAGUGAGCAGCAGUGCGGACUGUGGCCCCGGGAAGGCCGCCGACUGUCCAGAUCUGUCAGAAAAGAAGAGCGACCUGCGUGUGUGUGAUGCUGGGACGUGUCGCUUCGGAGGAACCUGCCGCGAGAACGGAGCUGACAUCAAGUGUGUCUGUCAGUUCCAUUGUCAUAAGAAGUACGUCCCUGUGUGUGGGUCAAACGGAGACACGUACCAGAACGAGUGUUUUCUGAGGAGAGCCACCUGCAAGAAGCAGAGAGCCAUCAGCAUCAUGUCAGAGGGACCCUGUUACCACGACGGUGGUUCAGGAUCUGGAGACGGAGAUGACGAGGGCUCAGGUCGCGGUAAAAAGGCCUCGAAAUGUGGAAUCUGCAAGUUCGGAGCUGAAUGUGAUGAAGACUCUGAGGAUACACUCUGCAUGUGUAACAUAGUGUGUAACGGCCACAACGACAACCCAGUGUGUGGCAGCGACGCCAUCACCUAUGACACGCCUUGCCACGUCCGAGAGGCGUCCUGCCUCAAACAGCUGAAGAUCGACAUCAAACACGUGGGACGUUGCCAAGACAAAAACAGGAAGGACGACGGCAUCAAGGCCAAACCCGACAUUUACAGUGUGUCCAAGCCUGGUGAGGGGGAGGGGUUUGUGGACAGCGUGACUCCGUGUUCCGAAGACUACGCUCAGUUCUGUGAACACGGACAAUGUGAGAUGAGACACAACCUGGCAACCUGCAGGUGUGAGGCAGCAUACGGCGGUCCUCAGUGUGAUCAGCUGCUGGACUUUAACAUCCUGUACGUGGUGCCCAGCGGUCAGAAACUACACUACGUCCUUAUCGCUGCCAUCAUCGGAGCCGUUCAGAUUGCAGUCAUCGUUGCUGUGGUCAUGUGCUUUACCAGGAGGUGUAAUAAGACGAAGCGUGGGCGGAGACAGAAGCAGCACCUCGGUCACUUCCCGUCAGGAACGUCCUCCAGGAUGAUGUAGCUGCUCAUGUUUUUGAGAAACACAGUUUUUCGUACCACACAGACAGACUGCAUUUUUGAUAUCUCAACUUUUUGGUGCCUCCUUAUUCCUUAUUUUUCAAAGAUAAUUUCUGACUUUCUUCAGGGGCCUUAUUUUGAAAUGUUCCUCCAUGUUUGAUUUCUUUCGUCUGACUCUAAGUUUUGCAGCAGUCAGAACAGAGACGUACAGUUUGGUUGGUGUUGGCCGUGAUGCUCGCGUCCUGGAAACUUAAUUUAUCUGAUUGUACCGUCCACUUUCUAACUGACAAAUGUUUCCCUUUGUUUUCAGCCUGUGGGAUGCAGACUGUCUUUGCUUCUGUGCUUUUGUUUAGAUUUAUUUUUGAAGGUAGAAUAGAUCAUUAUUUCAACCUUGUUUACAUGGUGCGCACGUUAGGAUUAUGGAAAAACAGCCAUUGAAUAUUUAAUUCUGACAUAAAUACCACCAUAUGUAUCUGGUUUGAAUUUGCUUCUUUGAAACUUCAGAAACUGUAUUUGUGAUCAAUCUCAACGUCCUGGAUGUGCAAACUUUAAAUUCACUGAUGAAAUUGUAGCAGCUAGUGUAGUUUAUUAUUUUUAAACCAAACUCAAAUGUUUUUAUCAGAGUUUAACAUUUAAAGUUAUAAUAUAUAACAUUUUCACUUUAAAAUCUAAAAAGUAAUUUAACUUUUAUCAAGGUAACAGUGCGUUUCAUUUGUUGCAUCAUAAUCCCCUUUGUGCAUGUGUCAGCAGUCUGAGGAGAAUUCAGCUCCUCAUCAAAACCUCCUAAACCAUGAAGGAGUCCUAACUGGGAUGAAGACUACAACUCCCAUCAUCCCACACUGCUUCACCACCACAACAAACUCUGUCUGUAGUUAUCGUGUGGCUAAUGCCCACUGGUUAAAUUUCUUCAUUUCUGCCACUUGUUUAAAGACACAUGAAUUCCGAUUAUUUUUAAAGUUAAACAUUAUUUAGUUACUUAUGACUUGACUUUUAUUGUUGUCUGCUUCUUUGAAAUCCACAGAUGUGGUUAAGUUUUAACACAAUUUUGUAACAGGACACAUCCACAUGGCCAUUUAAUGUUUAAAGGUCACUGUGCAUCAGACAGUCUGUAGACAACGUUAAUGUAGAAACCUGUUUUUGUUUCACGCUGUUUUUCUCAAUCACUGCUGCUCAUGUUGCCAUUUUCUGAUUCUUUGUUAACAACGUGCUUUAACGCCUUAAUACUGUGGGGGGCGCUCUGUAUCAGGACUACAGGAUCAUCAGGGAUCACUCCUGCAGUAGACUCAUCAAAUGUCGGUAUUAUUGCUGCAUCUCACAGGAUAAAAAACAACUUUUCAUGUAAGUCAGAUUAACUUUAAUUAUUUUUUAUUUGUUAUGAUGAGAAGUACCUGAAUACCAAAAUGCUGUUUUUUCUACUGCUUAAAAACUAAUAAGAUACAAGCUGACAUGUACAGGAUGUUGUUAUAAUUAUUCUAUUGGUUAAUUUUUUUGAUGACACUAUUCUGGAAAUUGAUUCCAAUGGUCUCUGCGUGUUUUUUGACAAACGGAUAAUAAUUUAAAUGAAUGUUUUCUUUUUAAUGGUCGAGUUCCUUCUUUAGUCUUGAUAUGAUUUGUAAUGAUGGAUUGAAGUGUCCGUGUUGGUUGUUAUGUGGUAGAAGGAAUAGAUGAUUAAGCUGGACAGAGGUUUCCUAAAGCAUCACAUUUAUUGGAGCGUGUGUGAAGCUGCGCUCGAUCACGUGACGCCUGAUGGAAUCAGUCUGAUUUUACUGUAGAUGUUGCAUGAAACAGUGAAGUUGUUGUUUAGACUGUGCUGUAGUUGAACUAGAAUUAAAUUAUGAUGUUUGAA